GCCGCCGCCAGCAGCUUCAUUGCUGACCCAGUUCAGACUGACCCAGAGAGAGAUUCAGCGCAGAGUUCUCAACAUGAGCGACAGUGCAGCCGCCGAAACAGCUCCUCCAGCCUCCGCUCCCAUCAAAGCCAAGGCUCCCAAGAAGAAGGCGGCGGCUCCCAGGAAAAAACCACCCGGUCCCGGAUUGGGAGAGCUGAUUCUGAAUGUUGUCGGGGAUAUCAAGGAUCGCAAAGGGGCGUCUCUGUCCGCAGUAAAGAAGGCGCUGGAGAGAAGCGGGAUCGAUGUGGGAAAGCGAAAGACACAGAUCAAGAUGAGUAUCAGGAGGUGCCUGGCGAACGGCUCCCUUGUUCUGGUCAAGGGCCAGGGCGUCUCCGGCUCCUUCAAACUCCCAAAGAAUCCAGUCAAGGCAAAAGCGGGAAAGAAGGCGGGAACAUCAGCGGCCGCCAAGAAACCGGCCGUAAAGAAAUCACCCGCCAAGAAACCGACCGUGAAGAAAUUACCGGCCAAAAAAGCGACAGCGAAGAAAUCCCAGGCCAAGAAAGCGACAGUCAAGAAAUCCCCGGCCAAGAAAGCAGUAGCCAAGAAAUCCCCGGCCAAGAAAGCGAGCGGCAAGAAGACGGCACCGCCAAAGAAAGCGGUGAGCAAAGCAGCGCCAAAGAAACGGACUCUCGUGAAGAAGGUGAAAAAGGCCAAGGGUCCUAAAGCCCCCAAACCCCUCAGCAAACCGGCUAAAGGCAAGGCCAAGCCCAAAGCGAAAGUGACCAAGACAGCAGCAAAGAAAUGAACCAGUCGGUGUAACAUGUAACCAUCUGAACCCAAAGGCUCUUAUCAGAGCCACCCACAUGUCUCAGGUAAAAGCUGAGCCCGGAUCCAAUGUUCCCCGUCCCGGCGCCGAGCGCAGACCUACCUCAGUUAUUAAUCGAUCUGAAUAAAUCAAAUAAACACUCAUGCCAUGGUUUACGAAAGCGCAGAUCUGUGAAUGGGGAAGGCAUCAAAUAGUAAGGGGCGGGUUUAUUGAUCUCUAUCUGGUUAUUUCACUUCGCGACUU